AUGGCGGUGCAUGUUUCCGAACGUCCCUUUUUCCAAGUGGUACGCUAAACAACGAUAAUUGACCAAGAUGACGGAAGGUACAGCUACCAUCAGGACGAGAAAGUUUAUGACCAAUCGACUUUUAUGCCGAAAACAAAUGGUCGUAGAUGUUAUUCAUCCUGGCCAACCCUCAGUUCGUAAAACCGAGAUUCGAGAGAAAUUAGCCAAGAUGUAUAAAGUGACUCCAGAUGUUGUCUUUGUGUUUGGCUUUCAAACUAAUUUUGGUGGUGGUAAAUCUACUGGAUUUGCACUUAUCUAUGACACCUUGGAUUUUGCAAAGAAAUUUGAACCUAAAUAUAGGUUAGCAAGGCAUGGUCUCUUUGAAAAACAAAAACAAACGAGAAAACAACGUAAAGAACGCAAGAACAGAAUGAAGAAAGUUAGGGGUACUAAAAAGAGUAAAGUUGGAGCAGCGUCUAAAAAGUAAAAGAAGCCAUCUUGAAGACCACACAAUCAUCGACGUAAAAGUUAUUAUAUUUUACUAUGGAAUAGCGCCGGAAUUAUAAUAAAUUUUACGGAAUAAACGUGUAUUCUUCUUGAUGAAAACCUGUUUAUCACAUUUUUCUUGACAUCUUGUAACAAUGCCUUGUUAAAAAAUUUAUUAUAUUGAAUUAAUGCGCUAUUAUUUUUUUUGACUUUUUAAUUUUCAGUAUAUUAAUAUUUUUAUAUCUAAUCAAUAUGUAUUUACAACUUACAUACUUAAAACUUUAUUAAAAACCAUUGAAGAUAUA